AUGUCUUCAAAAUCAAAAAUUUAUUUAAUUCGACGUGAAUCAUUCAGUAGUGCACACCGUCUUCAUUCAAAUCAUAUAUCCGACGAAGAAAAUCUUCGAAUUUAUAGUAAAUGUAAUAAUCUGAAUGGACAUGGCCAUAAUUAUGUUCUUGAAGUUACCAUUGUUGGAAAUAUUGAUGGAAAAACAGGGAUGGUUAUGAAUAUUAGUGAUCUGAAAUAUAUUCUCGUAGAAUAUGUACUUAAUAUACUUGAUCAUAAAAAUAUUGAUUUAGAUGUUGAAUAUUUUCGUCGAAAUCAUGUUAUAAGCACAACUGAAAACGUCGCUAUUUUUAUUUGGAAUCAAAUCAAUGAUGUUAUUAAUCAGCAAUAUAAAAAUGUUCGUUUAUAUGAGAUUAAAUUAUAUGAAACAGACAAAAAUAUUGUUGUUUAUCGUGGCGAAGACGAUUCCUAA